UAACAUUAUUUAUGUUUUGUAAUUUUUGUUUUUAUAAAAUACAAGAAUUUUAAAUCGAGUAAUGAACACUGAAUUGGUAAUUGAGUCAGGUUUACAAGUUAUUGGACGAUUGAUUGAUCGACCAUCAGUUCAAGAUUUAGACAACGAUCUCUUUUUCAAUAAACUUGAAAAUACUGAUAUUAUUGAAAUUAAAGGUACCAUUUCAAGUGGUGUAUCUAUCUUGUUAAGUAAACUUAUUGCAAAAUGUAUUUUACCAUUGCAGUACAAUGGUCUAGGUGUAGAAGUACUUUUUAUAAAUACUGAAAAUCAGUUUCAAAUGUCUAACCUUUACAAUGUUGUAAGAUCUAAUGUUUGUGAUUUCCACGGACCAAUUAAUGUAGAUAAUCUUGUUAAAGAAAUGUUAAAUAAUUUAAAAAUCAUUAACUGUUAUAAUCAUUCACAAUUUUUAUUAAUACUUAAUUCGUUAGAUAAUAUUUUAUUGAAAUACAAAGGAAUAGGUUUCAUUAUUGUGGACAGUAUAAGUGCUUAUUAUUGGCAACAAAAAGAUUAUUUAUCUUAUGAUUUAUAUUUAAUAAAAAUGCUCAAUAGUAUUAAAAAAAAAACCAUAGAUUUCAAAGUAGUAAUAUUGUAUACAAAACAAUUUAAUUUUGAGUCUAAGAAAAAAACUGUAUAUUGGUAUGAAGAAAGUAAGAUUAUUCGUUAUAAAAUAUGUCUAACUAAAAAUGAAAAUUCUAAUGAAUUAAUAUGUGAUAUUAAAUCAGGAAAUGACAAGAAACAAUUACAUUAUAAAAUU